AUGAUUUAUAUUUUAUUUGUUUCAACAAUUUUUAUUGAAUAUGGACAUAGUGCACUUUUGGAAAACAGCUCCGCUCCAGAAUACAAAUGGGCGGGAUGUGAGAAUCUUGGAAAAUGUAAACUCGAUGGAUUCUCCAAACCUCCUCUAGUAAUUCUCAGUUUCGAUGGAUUCGCCAGAGAGUAUUUAGAACGGAGAAUCGUAAAAUCUCUGGAAUUUAUUUCCGAGUGUGGUGUGAAAGCAGACAGAGUUUUCCCAUCGUUCCCAUCAAAAACUUUUCCAAAUCAUUACACAAUGGUGACUGGUUUGUAUCCAGAAUCGCAUGGAAUCACUGAUAACAAUGUGUUCGAUCUCAAGUUGUCCCCUAAUUUAACAGCAAUGAGUAGUAAUAAAUCAGAGAUAUUUUAUAAUGGAGAGCCAAUUUGGUCAGCAUACAAAAGACUAACUGGAAAGUCAGCGCAUUGUCUGUUCUGGGUUGGAUGCUACUUCAAUAAUACCGGCUACAAACCGGAUGUAUCGCCAGAUUACAACCAAUCGUUACCGCUUCAAGAGAGAAUCGAUACGAUCAAUGAGGCUUUGGAAGAAGUCGAUAAGUACCUUGACGUUCUAUUGGGAACUCUUCAUGAUGAGGGACUAUUAGAAUGUAUAAAUCUAGUGAUAAUAUCGGAUCAUGGCAUGCAACCUCUGAACAAAACAAUCAAUAUUGAUGAUUACAUUAACACCGAAGGUCUAGUUCUUUCAAAAGGAGUAGUUGCGAGAAUUCAUUUGAAUAGAACUGACCGAACUGUAGAUGAUGUAUCUGCUCAAUUAAGAUGUAAAAUAGAUGGAGUCAAAGUGAACACAGUCAGAGAUAUCCCUUUGAGAAAACAUUAUUCGAAAUCUAGUCGGGUUGGAGAUAUUAUUAUCGAGGGACAACCGGGAACAACAUUUUAUAAUCAAACAGGCGGUGGAGAUCAUGGUUAUGACUAUUACAAUGAGAACAUGCAUACAAUAAUGUUUGCUCGUGGUCCAUCAUUUCGACCGAAUGUCACUGUUCCACCUUAUCAAAAUGUUCAAUACAUGAACUUGUGGUUGAGUUUGUUGGGCUUGGAAGGAGCUGUUGAGAAUAAUGGAACUAUUGGAUUUUUUGAUAGUAUACUCAAAAAUCCACCUGUUCGGGAAAAUAAUUGGAACACUAUAGAAGAAUGUCCUGAUUUCGGAUCAGCAGAUGUGCUUCCAUGUGGAAAAGGAGGAAAAGAAGAUUGGAAGAAAUUAUCUGCUCACCUGGAAUCUUGUGUGUAUUCUCAAAGCCUUCCAAUUCAUUCAACUAAUUAUUGUUAUCAAAGUUACUGUGAGAACUCAUUGAUCGUCAGCAAAAAUGAAAAAGACUCUAGAAAAGCUAUAAUUGAAAUACUCACAAGCUCUACUCAACAAAAGAAAACAAGUUCUCUGGAUGAAAACUUCAGUUUUGUGAAUUCCAAAUAUUCAGCGGAGUGCCCGGAAAUCCAAAAUAAUGAAUCUUUCUUCACCGCUGGGUCUGAAACAAUAAGCAAGAUGGCACAUGCUCAAUAUUCGUUUCCGGAUCUAUUUUUGAAAAACGUUUUAUUCCCUCUCUCGGAGAAAACUGCAGAGUACCUCGAUCGGUUUGGGAAACUAUUUGUUAUGUCUGGACUCGCUACUGACUCAAAUUUAGAUGGAAUAAGCGAUAGUGACUCAUCGGGGUUAGUAUCAGCACCAACUCAUUUCUACCGUAUUCUGAUAACAUGUACUGGUGGCUGGUUGUCCACGAACCCUCCGUUAUGCAAAAAAUACAAUGAAAUGAAAGUUUUGGCAUUCGUGUUUCCGAUUUUAAACGAAAAAACUGCAAUGGAUUGCAUGCACUCCGAUGACGUUCUUCUUGAUUACACUGCCACGGUUCAAGAUGUUGAGAGGAUAGCAGGUUUUCAGUGUCAGAUUGGAGCACUCAGCCACCAACAAAAUGUUUACAUUCGUAGAAAUAUUACAACUAGUUUCUGGUAG